GCGGCCUCGUUGUUCCCGGAGUGGCGGCGUCGCCGACCAGCUGUCUGCACUAUGUCCGGCGGCCUCCUGAAGGCGCUGCGCAGCGACUCGUACGUGGAGCUGAGCCAGUACCGGGACCAGCACUUCCGGGGUGACAAUGAAGAACAGGAAAAAUUACUGAAGAAAAGCUGUACAUUGUAUGUUGGAAAUCUUUCCUUUUACACAACUGAAGAACAAAUCUAUGAACUCUUCAGCAAAAGUGGUGACAUAAAGAAAAUCAUUAUGGGCCUGGAUAAAAUGAAAAAAACAGCAUGUGGAUUCUGCUUUGUGGAAUACUAUUCAAGAGCAGAUGCAGAAAAUGCCAUGCGGUACAUAAAUGGAACUCGUCUGGAUGACCGGAUCAUUCGCACAGACUGGGACGCAGGCUUUAAGGAGGGCAGGCAGUAUGGCCGUGGGCGAUCUGGGGGCCAGGUACGAGAUGAGUAUCGGCAGGACUAUGAUGCUGGGAGAGGAGGCUAUGGAAAACUGGCCCAAAACCAGUGAGUGGUGAGAGCCCCAUCACGAAAAACUCCUCCUUUGGCCUCUUGAAUUUGAUGUACGUUACCCAAGGUCUGCACACCUGCUCAUUUUUACCAAGCUUUGAUCAAUGUCUGUACUGAGCGGGAAGCCCCUUCAUGGUUUUCCUCUGAAAAUUAUUAAAGGACAGAAUCCAAAAGGAUGCCUUUAAUUCUUUAGUCUUAGAAUCUUGGCCAUGUGUCAGGUUACCAGAAUGAUUUUCUGUUACCAGAUCAAAAAUUGUGUUCCUUGGCAACAGAUUUGAUCUAUAAUGUUGAUCUUUCAGUCCCAAACACCACACUUUUUUUUUAGGAAGACUGGAAAACUUAAAAAAUUUGUUUACCGUGUUUGCAUCUAAGUAGGUUCAUGGUCUGCACUGGGGCCUGGAAUUAUUAUUUUUUUAAUUCUAAGUUUGUGUGGGAUAAAGUUUAAUAAAUGGAGUUUUGCUUUGUUGUAUAGCUUUGCUCUAAAUUAGGAACAGAUGUUUGACAACUGAAUUUGUUUUCUAUGUUGAAUUCUAAUCUCUAAAGGCAAAUUUAGGAGUCAAGGGGACUUUCUAAAUAGUUGGUGCAAAAGUACGCCUUAGACAGACCCAGGGGACACCACCUGCUUCCAUGCUUUACAGAUCAGGAAGUUAGGGACAGGACUUGGAAGGGUAUUUACUAAACAUACUUUUCAAAAGAUGUAAGUGUUAUACCUAAA